CCCGCGCAGCCCCGUCCAUGAGUCCCGUUACCCGGCCGGCCCGGCCAGCCCCCGGCUCGGUGGGGAUCGGCACCCAGGGGCCCGCAGCCAGGGUGCUGUAGGUGGGAGGCCGGGAAGCCGCCAGCCCGCACCCUCCCUCCCUCCCUCCUUCCCUCGCCGCUUCCCUGCCUCCACCUCCGUGCACAGGGGACCCCGGAGCCCGGCUCGGGGACGGCGGCCGGAGGUGCUGAUUCCCAGCUCAGACCCCAGCACCCGGGGACCCCGGAGCCCGGCUCGGGACGGCGGCCUGAGGUGCGGGUUCUGGCUUGGGGACCGCGCUGGGGAUCCAGCUCCCUGCUCAGACACAGAGCCCGGGGGACCCCGGCUUAACACAGCGUCCGGGGACCCCGGCCCCGGCCCCGGCCCCCGCUCCGGCUCCCGGGUCUGAGGCCGGCGUGCGGGCGGCCGGCGCGAUGGUCCUGCUGGCUGGGCGGCCCCUGCUCCUGCUGGUUGGCUGGUCCCUGCUGGCGGCGCCGGGACUGGCCUGCGGGCCUGGCCGAGGCUUCGGCAAGAGGCGGCACCCCAAAAAGCUGACCCCCUUAGCCUACAAGCAGUUCAUCCCCAACGUGGCGGAGAAGACGCUGGGCGCCAGCGGCCGGCAUGAGGGCAAGAUUGCGCGCAGCUCCGAGCGCUUCAAGGAGCUCACCCCCAACUACAACCCCGACAUCAUCUUCAAGGACGAGGAGAACACGGGGGCCGACCGCCUCAUGACCCAGAGGUGUAAAGACAAGCUGAACGCCCUGGCCAUCUCGGUGAUGAACCAGUGGCCCGGCGUGAAGCUGCGGGUGACAGAGGGCUGGGACGAGGACGGCCACCACUCAGAAGAGUCUCUGCACUACGAGGGCCGUGCCGUGGACAUCACCACUUCCGACCGUGACCGCAGCAAGUACGGGCUGCUGGCCCGCCUGGCGGUGGAGGCCGGCUUCGACUGGGUCUACUACGAGUCCAAGGCCCACAUCCACUGCUCCGUCAAGGCCGAGAACUCGGUGGCCGCCAAGUCCGGCGGCUGCUUCCCGGGCUCGGCCACGGUGCGCCUGGAGCGGGGCGGCACGAAGCGCGUCCGGGACCUGCGUCCUGGGGACCGCGUACUGGCGGCAGACGAGCGGGGCCGUCUGCUCUUCAGCGACUUUGUCACCUUCCUGGACCGAGAGCCCCGCGCCACCAAGCUCUUCUAUGCCAUCGAGACCCGUGCCCCCCGCGCCCUCCUGCUGCUCACCGCCGCGCACCUGCUGUUCGUGGCGCCUUCGGGGAACGCGUCCGCGGGGGUCCUGGGGGGCAAGGCUGGGGACCUGGAUGGGGACCUGGGGGGCGGGGCGGUGGACCUAGGGCCACACAGGGCACUCUUUGCCAGCCGCGUGCGGCCGGGCCAGCGCGUGUACGUGGUGACCGGGCGCCCGGGGGCACGGCGGCUGCGGGCAGCCUGGGUGCACCGUGUGUCUCUGAGGGAGGCGGCGGGCGCCUAUGCCCCGCUCACGGUGCAGGGCACCAUCCUGGUGGACCAGGUGCUGGCCUCCUGCUACGCCGUCCUGGAGGAGCACGGCUGGGCCCACGGUGCCUUUGCGCCCCUGCGCCUGGUCCACGCGCUGCUGGCCGCGCUGGCCCCUGUGCGCUCGGACGCAGGCCCCGACGGCCCCGACGGCGUGCACUGGUACUCACAGCUACUCUACCGCCUGGGCACCUGGCUGCUGGGCAGAGAUGCCCUGCACCCGCUGGGCAUGGCCACGCCGGGCAGCUGAGGUCCUGGGCCGACCCUCCCGGCCACUCGCCGGCCCUCUGGCUAUUCACUCUCGGUUCCGGUCGGAAUCUCCACUCCGAGCCCGGCCUUCCAGAGCCUUAAGAGUCCCUGUCCUGGAUAAUUUAUUACCAGUGGACUGUCCUCUGCGGGAGACAGCCCGUGAGGCCCAGCUGCCCUGCCCAGAGUCUAUUUUUCUACUCGCAUCCUCCCCACGCCCAGUCCCGCCCCGGGUCUGAGGAGGCUGGCCUCAGGGGCUGGAGAGUCUAUUUUUGUACACAGAAUUGUAAAUUAGAGUUUUUUUUUUUUUUUGAGAGAGAGAGCACUGCUUAACUAAACUACAUUUCACUCUGAAAUAGUUGUAAGAUAUGAAGAUAUAUUAUCUUAAUUUAACCUCCUGGUCUCUGCAUUGCUGUGUGUCCGGGUGACACCCCCACCCCCACCCUCUGGACACCACCAGAACUCGCUGCUGCUCAGAACUGCAGACUUGAAGAGGGCGCCAUUUCUCCCCACGCUCACCGGGAGGUGAGCCCUGGAACAGCACAGGGCUGCCCGUCUGUUUUUUGCAUUAAUAAACCAAGAAGUAACUGCUGUAAAUGUACUAAAAUGUAUUUUUAAUAUUUUGUAAUGAUUUUAUAGAAAUAAAGAGAGCCACGUGCAGACUGCAUCGUGACUGGCCGCGA